AUGACAUUUACGGAAACGACACAGACUUCUAUUGAAAAGAACGACGACCUUCGUAUUCAGGAAUUAAUCGCAGCUUCUCAAAAGUUACUUAGUCAAAAUACACAACCUCCCACUCCGACCGCUACCUCUAGUUCAGGUUUUAAUUUUCACCCAGAUACUGUGGGUCAAGAGAAGCAACAAUUAAGAGCAAGGAAACCAAAAACAAAAGCUAGUUCUGAACACUUGAACGGCUUCGGAGACGCUUCUGAUAUGUCCUUGCCUAUGUCACACAACGGCUCAACUCCUUCAGUGGUUAGUAUGACGAACGGUUCGACUCCUGCACAUCUUGUUAUCAACAAUGGCACCACCGUUGGAAAUAUAAAUAGUGGUUCGAACUCGCCUAGUUCUUCAGGCUCUUCUACUUCAACGAACAGUAUGAACGGAACGCGAGGUGAAAGAAGAUCAUAUAAAGAAAGAAAUGAUCCCGAGAUUUCCACUAGUCCACCUGAACUCAUAAGAGAUCCAACUUCAGAAUCUUUUUCUACUCAUACACAUAUUUGGCCAAUUGUCUUUGCCGUAGUGCCACCUAUGGGUGCACUUAUUUAUGGUAAAUCUGAUGUUUGGAGCGACUUUCUCUUGUUACUCUUGAUUGCUUUUUACCUAUAUAAUAUUAUUAAAGUCCCAUGGGAACUCUAUUAUGCUGCUAGAUCAAGACGUGUUAUAAACGAAAAUCUUCCAGGCCAGACUGCAGAUCCGGCUCAAGAAGCUCAGCGAAACCAAGCUGCAAAAGAACUUCGUAUACAAGAAAUGUGGGCAUUGUUACUUGUGGUUGCAUCACCAAUAAUUGGUGGUUAUGCUUUGCACGGUGCAAAAAUGUACUUGACUGAUUAUGAUAAAUACAUCUCCCAUUUCAAUAUUAUGUUGUUCGUAUUUGCAGCUGGAAUUCGUCCUUUGAUGCACAUUGCUAACCUCGCUAAAAAUCGAACUUUACAUUUACAAGAACAAGUUCAUUACCCUAGUACUGAAGUAGAAUUAUUGAAACGACGUGUACAACAUUUGGAAUAUGAAUUUUCACAAUUACGUCGUGGUUUUGCAACAAAACGCGACGUUAUAAAUGUACGCGAUGGAUUUGAACCAACAAUAACACAGUUAAACAAAGCAGUAAGAAGAUAUGAGAAAAAAGAACAAUAUCUCCGAAAUUAUUCAGAAGAAAGAUUUGCUUAUUUAGAAUCUAAACUUCGAGAAUUUGACACGAUUAUUUCUUACAAAUUACAAGAUGAACAAAUUAGUGUUCCACGUAAUAUGAUGCAAUUUAUGUUCUUACCAUUUAACAUUGCAUUCACUAUACUGGGCUAUGCUACUUACUUCUUACCGAGAUCUUUACGGGGUGCAAGACCAGCUCCAAUGCUACAGCCUGCUUCAAAUUCUGAUGAUGAUGAUGGCAAUAGAUCAAAUGGUGAUAUGUCACAGCAAGAAAUUUCAUUCUCUGGAAGUUUACAAAAAUAUUAA